AUUUCAGUUGGUAUAUUAAUGUACCUCUUGCAAGUAUUAGUUAACACUGUGGUUCUUGAUGUUAAUGUUCUUUUAACGUUGUAAUAAAUUCCUAUAAAGCCAGGUGUUGGUUCAUGUUUUUAUAUUUUUGACUUUAAGAGUUUGAGUGUUAAUUUUAUUCUCAGUUUGAAGCUUCUCUGCACUUUCUGCGAUUUCGUUAUUUAAGGCCAGGGGUUUGGCAGUUUUGAGAUACUCUGGUUUUUUUUAAUUCUUUGUGGAGUGAAAUUCUAGAGCUUAAUUUUAGUUGUCAGUUUGUUUUGUUCUUGGAAAUUCGGUUUGUUGAGUUCUUGGCGAUUCGGCUGUGUUGUGGUUUAUUUGAUGGUGAAGCGACAUUUUGGCGAGAGGAGUGAUGAUGGCUCUGAGAUUGCUAGAUGGGAAAUGAAGCGACGAUGUGCAUCUGCGACUGUUCUGAGAGAUGUGAUGAGGGGAAUUUCGCUUCAGGAAUUUGUGCCAAGACUAGAACCUUUUCUCCGCAGAGUUGUGCAGGACGAGGUGAACCGUGCAAUUCAAAGGUUCCAGUCAUCUGCUAAACAGAGCGAGUCAUCUGGCACAUGCGCUUGGCAGCUGCAGUUUUACAGCAAGAUUCCCUCUACUCUGUUCACUAGCAGCAAGGUCGAAUCUGAGGAUUGUGAGCCUAUAAAAAUAGUGUUGGUGGACACUAGGUCCAACGAGAUAAUUACAUCUGGGCCAAUGGCGUCAAUGAAGAUUGAGAUUGUUGUUCUUAACGGUGAUUUCACUGCUGCUAAUGGAGAAGAUUGGACCAAGAAGGAGUUUGAUGCCAGUGUUAUUCAAGCAAGGGAAGGCAAAAGGCCAUUGGUGACAGGGGAUCUUACAUUAGCAUUACGAAAUGGAGUGGCUGAUCUGGGUAAUAUCUGUUUUACUGAUAAUUCCAGCUGGAUCAGAAGUAGAAGAUUUAGGUUAGGAGCAAGAGUGCAGAGUAAUUCUACUCAAGCAAGAGUUAAAGAGGCAAAAAGUGAACCCUUCAUUGUAAAAGAUCAUCGUGGAGAGUCAUACAAGAAGCACCAUCCGCCAGCAUUAGCUGAUGAAGUAUGGCGCUUAGAGAGAAUAGCAAAAGAUGGCGCCUUCCAUAGACGGUUGGCAUCUGCUAGAAUAUUCACGGUUGAGGACUUCUGUCGUUUGUAUAUCACUGAUCCUACCUCACUACGCAAUGUACUUGGUGGCGGGAUCUCUAACAGAACAUGGGAAACAAUCACUGAACAUGCUACUCGUUGCACUCUAGAUGACAAGAUGUACCUUUACCGUGGAGCUGCAGGAAGAGUUCUGCUCGUCUUUAAUUCCAUCUGGAAGGCGAUUGGAGCAAUAUUUGAUGGCCAGAAUUUUGAGUACCUGGAUAAACUCACUCCAUUCCAAAUGAAUUUAGUGGAACAUGUGAAGCUUCAGGCUUAUAAAAAUUUGCAUGAGCUGGAACUACUUGAAGGGUCUUUUAUAGAUCCCCCGAUGCUAUUGUCCAGUUUGCAAACAGAGACGUCAAACAGUUACUCUGCAGGUCAACAAAAUGUCGACACCUCAGUUGUUGAUGAAGAUCAACUGCCAAUGCUGCUAAAUUUUGGUUACAUGACAACUUCACCACCAUAUACUUCUGAACUGGACAAUGGUGAUCUUCAAGAAGUUAUACUGGAACAUGAUUUAAUGCAAGGGUUUUCUUCAAAAAGAAAGAAUAGUCUUGUGACAAACAAUUUUCUCCAUGAAUCAUCUACCCCCGGAUAUGGUGUAGCUCCCAGUGUGUCUCCGGGGUCAGUCUUGGCAAGUGCAAGUCUAGCUUAUACCGACACUUUUUCAGCUGAAAUGAUGAAAUGGCCAGUGAAUGAAAAUUUUAUUUGCCCAAACAACCAAUCAAUCGACUUUGUUUCUUCCAGUAUCGGUUUCCAUGUUUCAAAAACAGGAAGACCAGGACUUAAGUGGUUCAAGCUUCGUGCUGCCCUGAAAUGGGGGAUAUCAAUUAGGCGCGAUGCAGCUGCCAAAAGAUUAGAAAGGUUCCUUCGCUACGAUUUCUAAGCUUAAGUCCAAGCAGCAGCUUAGUUCUGUCUGAGAACUACAUUCUUUUAUUUUUGCAAAUUUAGUUUUUCCCUCUAGCAUCAAAUGCAAAGAAGGGUUCACUUUCAGUUGGUGAUAUAGUUUUCUUCAUCACGUAAAUCCUACGUGGUAAAUCAGGUCUAGUCUGGCAGGUUGUGGAUGCAAAAGCAUACUGUUUAUGCAGUCUCCACAAAGAUUAGGAAGCCAUUUCUUCUAGUUUCUAGCUACUGGCUACUUUCUUUCUCGUUAAGUACCAAAAAAUGGUACCUUGAUCAGGGUUAAGAUUAAUGUUAUAAUUUGUAAAUUCUCA